AUGGUAUUUUCCAAAUCCUACUGUCCUUACUGCAAGGCCACCAAGACCUUGCUUAGGGAUAUGAAUGCUACAUUCGAAGUUUACGAACUGGACAAAGAAUCCGACGGCUCUGCCAUCCAGGAUGCUCUUGAGGAGAUCUCCAAUCAGCGAACGGUGCCUAAUGUCUUCAUCGGCCAGAAGCACAUCGGUGGAAACAGCGACCUACAAGCUCUAAAGAAGACUGCUCUUCCGGGAAUGCUUCAGAAGGCCAAUGCUUUGUAA